AUGUCUUACAACCUUGUCCACUGGUUGCCCGCCGUGUCCAUGAGUAAGCACGGCUACCGACGACAGCAAGUGUCGUGGUCGGCUCAAGCCAUCGCCGCCGCUCUGCUGGCGCGUAUUGUCGUCUAUCUUAGCGUCGCCAACGCAUCGUCGUCGAUCGAGUGGCCGCUGCAGCGGAUGGCUAACAUCAGUGGCGACGUGUUUAUAGGCGUCAUGGUUCCCAUACACGAGCGUGACGACAGACUAGGGCAGUGCGGACGACUCCAGGGCGAGGAUGGAAUACAGCUACUAGAGGCCGUCAUCUACGCUGUCAAUGAAAUCAACGACAACACCGACCUGCUGCCCGGAUUCACGCUAGGAAUGCUGGCGUUAGACACCUGCAGUAGUGAAUCCUACGCAUUGAAGGAGGCUAUACGUCUCAUCAGGCCGUACAUCGUGGCAAUAAACGGAAGCCCUGGUCGCCUCAAUGCCCAGAACUGCAGCAAACAGGGCCAGGAAGCUGCAAAGGUAGUGGCCGUGGUUGGAUCAACCCACAGUGCUGUCACCAUACAAGAAGCAACCCUCCUCGGUCUCUUCAACAUACCGCAGGUAAGCUACUUGUCUACUACACCGACGCUGAGUAACGUGGAACGGUUUCCUUACUUCACUCGCACCGUACCCUCGGACGUUUAUCAGGCAUAUGCGAUCAUCAAGAUUCUGAGGGAGUUUAACUGGACUUAUGUGUCUGCGGUGUACGACGACUCAAAUUACGGGAUCAAGGGAUUCCAGGAGCUAGAGAAGCUGUCGUUCGAACAUGACGUCUGCUUCGGUGUUACUCAGCGUCUGCAGAAGGAGGCGGUGCAAGACGUCGUAGACGACGCCUACGAUUACAUCAUCACGAAGCUAAAAAGCAAUCCGAAAGCUAACGUUGUUGUUGCCUUCGUCGAUAUGCAGCAAGCUCGGAGAUUGAUGGCCGCCGCGCACCGAGUGAGAGCGAAUUUCACGUGGAUAGGCAGUGACGGCUGGAGCAGCCGCACGAGCGUUGUCGACGGGUUGGAGAGCACAGUGGACGGUGCCAUCACCGUGCAGCCUCUUGCGCGCACCCUACCGGGCUUCGCCAACUACUUCACGCGUCUGCGUCCUGACAACCAUUCUGAGAAGCACAAUCCCUGGUUCAAGGAAUACUGGGAGAGCGAGUUCCAGUGCCGCUACGUCGGCGAGCCAGUGACGCCAUUCAACAGCUACUCCAGGACGUGCACAAGCAACGAGACUUUCAACAACACUAUCGCCCUCUAUCUGCACUUCAUCUACGACGCGGUGUACGCCAUUGCGCAUGCGCUGAAGGACAUGCAUCGCGUAGUGUGCGGAGUGAAACGUGGCAUGUGUGCGGAAAUGCACGACAUAAACGUCGCCACUCUGACUAAAUAUCUCAAGAAUGUCACAUUUAAAGCCGAUGACUAUGAUGCUGUAUUUAAUCCAUGA